AUGUCCCUCGUCCCAGGAUUCUUCGGCCGGCGCAGGGGCGUCUUCGACCCCUUCGCUCUUGAUCUGUGGGAUCCUUUGGAGGGAUUUCCCUUCGAAACCUCUCUCGCCUCGUCCUCCACGUUCGCCGGCACCUGCGUCGACUGGAAGGAGACCCCCGACGCUCACGUCUUCAAGGCCGACCUCCCUGGGGUCAGGAAGGAUGAGGUGAAAGUGGAGGUCGAGGACGAUCGGAUCCUGCAGAUCAGCGGGGAGCGGACCAGGGAGCAGGAGGAGAGAAACGAUACCUGGCACCGUGUGGAGCGCAGCAGCGGUAAGUUUGUGAGGAGGUUCCGGCUGCCGGAGAACGCCAAGGUGGACCAGGUGAGGGCCGCCAUGGAAAAUGGAGUGCUCACUGUGACUGUUCCCAAGGUCGGACAGAAGAAAUCCAAGAUCAAGGCUGUCGAAAUAUCCGAUUGA